AUGUUUCUUAAGGCUGUAAACUGCCAAGGUGAAUACAAGGACAAAAUGUUCAUAACUAAUCUGCUAAAAGAGACGAUCAAUGCAGUUGGUGCAGAUAACGUGGUUCAAGUCAUAACUGACAAUGCUCUGGUUUGUAAAAGUGCAGGCUUACUUAUUGAGACACAUUUUCCUCAUAUAUUUUGGACUCCAUGUGUGGUCCAUACAUUAAAUCUUGCUCUGAAGAAUAUAUUUGCUGCGAAGAACACCGAAGCCAAUGCUGAAACAUUUGCUGAGUGUUCUUGGAUAAGAGAUAUUAUUUCAGAUGUUGUGUUCGUAAGAAAGUUCAUUAUGACUCACUCCAUGAGGUUGGCAAUGUUUAAUGAUCAUAAUAAGUUGAAGUUGCUUACGGUAGCUGACACACGCUUUGCUUCGAGUGUAAUAAUUCUCCAAAGAUUUGUUGAUAUAAAAGAAGGUUUACAAAGCAUGGUGAUCAGUCCGAAGUGGACUUAUUAUAGAGAUGAUGAUGUUGUAAAAUCUCAAUUUGUGAAGGAGACAAUAUUGAAUGACCAAUGGUGGGACAAAGUAGAUUAUAUCAUUGCAUUCACCGAGCCAAUUUAUGACAUGUUACGACGAACUGAUACUGAUCGUCCAUGCCUUCAUUUGGUGUAUGAUAUGUGGGAGUCUAUGAUAGAAAAGGUAAGAAAGGUUAUAUACCGCAAAGAAGGCCUAACUGAAUUUCAAGAUUCUUCAUUUUAUUAUGUCGUGUAUGAGAUAUUGACAAGUCGAUGGGGUAAAUCCAACACACCUCUACAUUGUUUAGCUUACUCUUUAAAUCCAAGGUAUUAUAGCCAGGAAUGGCUUAGUGAGUCGUCUGGUCGUCUAGCUCCGCAUGUAGAUGAUGAUAUGUCAAAGCAAUGGCGUAUAUGCUUUGAGAGGUAUUUUGAAGGGGAAGAACUAAGAAAAAGGUUAGCUUUCAGAACUCUUGCCCAACCUAGCUCCUCAUCUUGCUGUGAAAGAAACUGGAGUACCUUUGGCUUCAUUAAUUCUUUGAAAAGAAAUAAGAUCACACCGAAAAGAGGAGAAGAUCUAGUGUAUGUGCAUUCUAAUCUUUUCCUUCUGUCCCGAAGAGAACCACAUUAUAUGACAGGUGAGACAAGAAUGUGGGAUGUUGCAGGUGAUACAUUUGAUACUUUGGGAAGCGGUGAAAUACUUGAGAUUGCAAAUCUUUCGCUUGAUGAACCAGAACUAGAGAGUGUGACAUUCAAUAAUCCAGCUGUACCUGUUGAUGAAUAUGUGAACUUAGAUGACAAUUAA